CAAGAUGGCGGCAGCGGGCAGCCCGGCUUCCCUGGAGUCGGCCCCGCGGAUCAUGCGGCUGGUGGCCGAGUGCAGCCGCUCCAGGGCCCGGGCAGGCGAGCUGCGGCUGCCGCACGGGCCGGUGGCCACUCCGGUGUUCAUGCCGGUGGGCACGCAGGCCACCAUGAAGGGCAUCACGGCCGAGCAGCUGGAUGCGCUGGGCUGCCGCAUCUGCCUGGGCAACACCUACCAUCUGGGUCUGAGGCCGGGCCCCGAGCUGAUCCAGAAAGCUCACGGUCUCCACGGCUUCAUGAAUUGGCCGCACAAUCUGCUGACGGACAGCGGCGGCUUCCAGAUGGUCUCCCUGGUGUCCCUAUCCGAGGUGACCGAGGAGGGCGUCCGCUUCCGCUCCCCCUACGACGGCGAUGAGACCCUUCUGAGCCCGGAGAGGUCCGUGGAGAUCCAGAACGCGCUGGGCUCCGACAUCAUCAUGCAGCUGGACGACGUGGUCAGCAGCACUGUGACGGGGCCACGCGUGGAGGAAGCCAUGUACAGGUCGAUCCGUUGGCUGGACCGGUGCAUCGCAGCCCAUCGGCAGCCGGACAAGCAGAACCUCUUCGCCAUUAUUCAGGGUGGGCUGGACGCAGAUCUCCGGGCCACCUGCCUCGAAGAGAUGACCAAGAGGGACGUGCCCGGCUUCGCCAUCGGGGGCCUGAGCGGGGGCGAGAGCAAGAACCAGUUCUGGAGGAUGGUCGCGCUGAGCACGUCGAGGCUGCCUAAGGAUAAGCCCCGAUACCUGAUGGGGGUCGGCUAUGCCACCGAUCUGGUGGUCUGCGUGGCUCUCGGAUGCGACAUGUUCGACUGCGUCUUCCCCACGCGGACGGCGCGCUUCGGCUCCGCGCUGGUGCCCACGGGGAACCUGCAGCUGAAGAAGAAACAGUAUGAGAGGGACUUCCGCCCCAUAGACCCCGAGUGCGCCUGUCCCACGUGCCAGAUGCACAGCCGGGCCUUCCUGCACGCACUGCUCCACAGCGACAACACCGCCGCCCUGCACCACCUCACUGUCCACAACAUCGCCUACCAGCUGCAGCUGAUGAGCGCCGUGCGCGCCAGCAUCGUGGAGAAGCGCUUCCCCGACUUCGUGCGCAACUUCAUGGGCACCAUGUACGGGGACCCCACCCUCUGUCCCGCCUGGGCCACCGAAGCCCUGGCCUCUGUGGGCAUCACACUGGCUUGACCCGGCUUGGGGGAGGGCGGGGGAAGGGGAGGGAAGAUAUUGAAGGAUUUGGGUUUUU